CAUUUAUUUGGCGAUAACCAAGUGCACUGGUAAACCUGAGGAAGUAUGACGUACUAUUUCCAAGAUAGCACAAAUAGCCAGAUUGAGUUAGUGGAAAGGCAACAUUCCAUUGACAGUCUAAUCAAAGAGAAGAUUCACCAGAUUAGAUCGGAUGAGAAUCCCUUCUUUAUUGGCGAUCUAGGAGACAUUAUCAGAAAACACAGGAUUUGGCAAAAAUGCUUUCCGACAGUUGUACCAUUCUAUGCAGUGAAAUGUAAUGAUUUUUAUCCUGUUCUGAGGCUAAUGGCAGACAUGGGGCUGUCCUUUGAUUGUGCAAGCAAGAUUGAAAUACAGAAAAUUCUGGAUCUUGGGGUUGAUCCGACCAGAAUAAUCUAUGCCAAUCCAUAUAAGCAGUUAUCAUUUUUGAGAUAUGCCGCUGAUAAUGACGUAGCUAUGAUGACAUUUGAUUGUGAGGAUGAACUAGAAAAGAUCAAAGAAGUAUAUCCUGCCGCAAAGUAUUUAGGCAUAGACUUAAUGUUAUAUACUUAUAUUCAUAGUUGAGUCACUGUCCUUUUGAUUUUGAUGGUCUCAAAUAUUGUAUUGAUUUUGAUUAAAACACUGUCAGCCGCGACUAUCACUGUCAACUUUCUGCAAUAGGGUCUGUGCCAGUGCCAAUAUACUGUCAAUAUGCACUGAAAUAAUCUGCUCCGUAUGCAGUGCUUGCUAAUUACAUGAUUUGACUGAUACUCUUAGAUUUUGGCUUC